ACAACCUCAAAAUAGUAAACACUGUCCCAGAUGUUAACCUAUAUGUAUAAAAAUCAUCUCAUCAAGGCGCUCCAAAAGUUAGUCUGCCGUAAUUCCUUAUCAUCCUUAACGUUUUGCAAUCAGGUGAAACCGUGGUGAAAAUUUAAAGCAAACAUGAGUUCCCGUAAAACACUUGCUGCUUCAAAAGAUACUGAGAAUAAGGAAGGUGAAAAUAGAGCACUGAUCAAAGUUAUCGAUCGUCCGACAUUUAUAUUGAAAACACGAGAAGGAGAAAGCCGUGCAGUGUCUCCGAGUCAACGAAAUGGCAGCAAGAAAGAUACUGAAAACCAAUCUAAUACUUCAUCUAAAUUGGCAGAUACUCGACCGCCACUUCCUACCCUCCUUGAAAUGACACACGCCAUCAAGUUCUUAGAUGAAGGAAUGCAACUUUUGGAAACUCCUUUAGAUUUUUUAUACGAUCAACAGGAUUUCCUGGUUGUUGGAUGCGUCGGGACGAGAGGAGUAGGAAAGUCUACAAUAAUGUCAUUGUUGACCUCCAAUUACAUGUCUGAUGUUUUUCCAACACAAACGUUGUCGCAUCACGAAAGUGGCUCGAAUUGCACGUCUGGCAUAGAUUUCUAUGUGACUAAAAACCGAGUUAUCUACUUGGACACUCAGCCUAUAUUAUCUGGAGUGGCACUUGAUCACUCUGGAUUAUACGAGCAAAAAAAAAAUACCAACGAUUUUGCGAACAUAGAAAAUAACGUGGAACUUCAAUCCUUACAGUUGACAUCGUUUCUGCUAUCCGUUUGUCACGUUGUAAUAUUCAUUCAGGACUGGUUUGUAGAUCCCAAUUUAAUCAGAUUCAUUCAAACUGCCGAGAUGCUGAAACCUUCUUCGGCGUCUGCUAUGGAUCAAGACUUUGUCGAAUAUUAUCCACACAUUCUCUUUCUGCACAAUAAAGCUGAGUUACAGGAUUUCAUGCCCGAUUCUAUGAACAUGAUCAAAGACUUUUAUAACAAAGUAUUUAUAAACUCUAGACUGCUGACACACAGUGGAUUAAAUAUGGCUUCAUCUGUGGUUGACGGACAACUAAAUUUAUUCCUUAUACCAGAAAUCACAAACGAAGAUGGCACGAUCGUUCAUGAUAGUGCAGAAAAAAUAUCAGAAAAAUUGCGUAUGAGAAUACAUGGUGUAUCACGUAACAACAUGACCUCAACCGUGUUGACUGAAAAAAAUUGGUACCAUUACGCUUCAAAAAUUUUAGAUACGAUAAAGAAAAGUCAUUUGUUUUCUGAAUAUGGGAGAUUAAUGCCGUGAGAAUAGCAAUUUGGCUAAGUGGAACGAGUAUAAUCAUUCACAAAGAUAUCGUUUGCUUCAGAGGAUAAUAAAUGUAUGAACUCCGUACAGCAGUUCAAUAUUAACUCUCUCGACUCGUUUGCUACUCGUAUAUGGGGUAGAAUUUCCUUUAUCAUUUUAUUUAUCGACGCUCGAGGUAACGUCAGCUCAUCAUCUUCGGCUGGAGUCACUGUUGCCGAGGCCAUCGGAACCCUAAAAAUCGAGGAUCAAACACCGUUCAACAAUAUUAACAAACCAAUUCAAAAAAUGCUUUAAAAAAGUGUGUUUUAGAAAACAAUAUACCUUUAUUCGGCAAGUAAGAUGAACACCAAUAAUAGAACUGUUUUCA